AUGGCUCCCUCCUAUCGCAAUGUCGUGCUCGUCGCUUUGGCUGCCGUCGCCUCCGCCGAUACUGAACCUACGGUGUGGGGUUCCGUCGCCGUCAUCAUGAACGGCGAGCGCACUCCCCUCCGCGGCGGUCUCGCGAGCACCAUCACACCCCAGGGCGCCCAGCAGAUGUACGGCCAAGGCGUCGCCUUCAGGCAGCGCUACAUUGACGGGACGAAUGCCCAGGACAACCUCUUCAGGGCGCCGAUCCGCGGCAUCGAAAGGGACACGCUCGACAACUCGCAGCUCACCAUUCUGACCAACACCGACGUCCACACCAUCGCCGGCGCCACUGCUUUCCUGCAGGGCCUCUAUCCUCCCAUCGAUGACGAGUUUCUGCACGAGGCCGGCGGCGUCAGCCUGUCCUACGAUGCUGCGACAGACAACUACACGCAGUACCCUCUCAACGGUUAUCAGUACCCCGCCAUCAGCACCCUCUCCACUCUGGAGGAGACCUCAAUUCCUCUCCAUGGACACAAGGGGUGCUUUAACUGGCUGAAUGCCAUGGACAAGCUGCUCGACGAUGAGAAUAUUCGCAAGGAGGCCGACGCCACGCUCGAGAGCUACCAGGAAAUCUUCUCCUCGCUACCUCUCAAUGGCGCCUUUACUGGUGACUUUCCCUCAUUCUGGAACGCCUACGACGUUUUCGACUAUGUGCGAUACCAAUCCAACCACAACUCCACGAUUCACCGGCAGCUCGAGGAACCUAUCCUGUCGGAACCUACCCUCGAAUUCCUCGAACGAAAUGCCUUCAAGCAGCAGCUGGCCCUCAACACCGACAGCUCCCUGUCGGGUGCCUCGACGCGCGACCCUGUUCGAAGCAUCGCGGGGCAAGCGCUCGCCCAGGGGAUCCUGGACGCGCUGGCUGCCGUCGUCUCCUCUCGCGGCGAGACGGACAAGCUCACCCUCAUGUUCACCUCGUUCCACCCGUUCAUUGCCUUUUGGUCGCUCACCCAGCUCUUGACCCCCAGCACCGACCCUUCUUCGCCAUACGCCUCGUUCCCGGCCCCGGGCUUCUCCAUGGCCUUUGAGCUCAUUGGCGACCAGCCCGGCCAGCCCGGCCAGUUCCCCUCGAACGACCAUCUUCGGGUUCGCUUCGCGAUCCGCAACACAAACUCCUCCACCCCCUUCCGCGCCGACAACCUCUUUGGCACCCCCGUCUCCGACAGGGAGCUGCACGACGGCCGCACCGUCACGGCCGACGAGGCCCACUUCCGCGACAGCAAGCUCAGCGGCGCCGGGCUCGUCUUCGACAAGGAGACGGGCCGGACGACCGCGCGCGAGACGGCCGACGACGACGGCGUCAGCGUCUUGAGCACCGACAUGACCGCCCAGCCCGUACGCCCGCGCGAGAGCGUCUAG